UCACUCCGAAGUUUUCGGACAACUGGUGUGAGAGUAUGAAAGUUUGUGUGUGACAACAAAAAACAAGCAUCCGAAAUCCUGGUUCUGCGUGUGUGUGUGUAUUUACUUUUAACGAAAAGAAAACAGAAUGUCCACAGAUCAUCGAGAAGCACCAACCAAAUCGGUUAAAUUCUAUUCCCCCUCGUUGAGUGCCGGUGCUGCUAGUGAUAGUAAAUUUGUGGUGGAUAUUGUGUGUCGUUUGAAGGAACGGAACGAGCAAGAGGUUCUCAUCGAUGGCGUCGAUCGAACGCCCGCUAAUCUAGCGCCACCGUUGUUCGGGGAGGAAGCUUUCGUGUGGAGUCGUUUUCGAGAGCAUUUUCAACCCGUUGAGGACAAGAUGGAGGAUGGAACGACACCGAGUGCAGAUAAACCGGACGGUUUCGAUAAUCUUGACCAUCAGCCGAACUAUGAGGGUGUAAUCGAUCGACGAAGCCCGUCGCUGGAAGCUGGCCAGAAAACGUACCACGUUAAGAUUCGCUUGACGGAAACCGAUGACAUUGUGCUGUUUGAAAACCCGAGUCACGUCGUGUCGCUCGAUGCGGAAGAGGCGGAACUCGUGAAGGAACAGAACCGUUUGUUCGAGACACGCCCGAAAGCCCGCAGGACGGCGGACGCCGAAGCACAGACCCGUGACCUGCCGUGCAAAUCGCGCUCGGUUAACACGGAGUGCAUUCACCGGCAGGAUGUGGCAUCGUUCGUUUCGAACUACGACAUGUACGACACGUACAACGAUCUGGAACGUCACACGAAGGAAAUUAACGUGGCAGAAUCCGCGUCCAAGCUGGAGAUCACCACGUAUUCACGCGAAGGCAUGGAAGACAUAGACGAUCGGUUGAACCGCAAUCCCAACUUUCAUCUAUCGUCCAUGAUACUGCAGCGUCUGCUCGCCGGGAAUGUUUACCGUGAACAGCAGAUCCGCUUCCGCAACAUGUAUCCACCGGAUCCGUACCGGGAGGAUAUACGGUAUCUGUACCGGUUGGAUGUGCUGUGGACGUACCGAACUGUGGAGACACUCGGGAAAGCGGUAGCCUGUGCCAGCUGGUGUCCGGCUAAUGGAGACAUCGUUGCGAUCGCUUACGGCAUCUACGGUCACACUAGCAGUGACGAUCGUGGCAAUGGAUUUGUCUACGUUUGGAACAUUAAAAAUCCAGUUAACCCGGAGCGACGGUAUCGGUUCGAUUGUCCGGUGACGUGUGUAGCUUUUUCGCAGCGCACACCGCAACUAUUGGCCAUCGGACUGUAUGAUGGGUUGGUGCACAUACGUGACAUCACCGACAACACGCAAACACCGCUGGCCGUAUCCAAUCGGGACAAGUUUCAGGUUUACCAACCGAUCUGGGAUCUGAAGUGGGUAGAGUUUGACAACGAAAGCAAGGACGAGGUUAUCGCCGUGUCGCAGAACGGUUGGGUCAUGAAGUACACCCUUACGAUCGGUCAGUACCUCCUGCCGUACCCUUUGUUGCGUUUGGAUCGCGUGGAAGGAACGCUCGAAGGACAGACAGCUACGAACGAACUGCAGCCGGUUAAGAUACAAUCCGAUCUACACCCGCAAGCACUCUGCGUAACGAUUCAUCCGGUGCAGAAGGACAAAUAUUACAUCGGCACGGAUGAAGGGGCCGUGCACUGGUGCAGUAUUAACGAUCCGUUUCAGCAUCUCGGUGUCCUACAGAUGCACAGCCGGGGCAUCUUUUGCAUCGAAUAUUCACCCUGGAGUCCGAAGAUUUUUCUUACCUGCAGCGGUGACUGGAGCAUACGCAUCUGGAUCGAGGAUCUGCCGGAACCGAUCGUUACGCUAAGUACCGGAUUUGCUCCGAUACAGGCGGCCUACUGGUCACCGACGAACAGCACCAUCAUUGCCAGCGUUACGCGUAACGGUGUGCAGCUGUGGGAUCUGAAACGUCGCAGCUCUAAGCCAGCCUCAGAAACGGCACUUGGCAGCCUAACGACGGCGCUGACCGUGAUACGGUUUACGAACUGUGGCCGCAGCCUGUUGGUUGGCGAUGCGGAAGGAAAGGCUCACAUUUGCGCACUGGAGGAUAUGCCGUUUCCACCACACUUUCAGUACCGCGAGCUACAAUCGGCGAUUUACUCAAAGCUCGUAACGACACCGGAUCUUCUGACGCGCGUGCGUCGUAUGGGAUAUCUCGGCUACUGACCAGUGUGGGAAGACAAAUAGUAACAAUGUAACGAACCAGCACAAACACUCCAACUUACUACGGACAACAAUUUCUUCAUCAUCGUGUGUGGCCGUACGGAUUGGACCGAUAGUUCACACGAUCGAUCCGGUAACACUGAUUUACAUCAGCAUCGAAAACUAUUAUCGGCUGUAAAGGAGGUUUAUCUGCUGGGGCUAUUAAAGCAAAGACUACCACAACAACAA